GGCGCCUGAUGGCUGUGAGUGCUGCGCCCGCUGGGCCGUGAUGUGCCCGUUUCACAGGUCCCGGAACCCUCUCUGCAAACAGGUCCAAAGUCUGAGCCCCGGGGCUCUCCCCUCGGAGCCAAGCUGAACGCUUAGGACGCGUCAGUCGUUAAGACCGGAGGGUCCCAGCGGCCCCUCGCCGUCAGGCCGGCCGCCGCCGCUACGCUAGGCCGAGGAUUGGCAGCGCGCGUAGGCCGCGCCGCCCCUGAUGGAGCUGGAAUAAAGCAGUGGCCGAGAGAGCAGCUGCUUGCCGCUCGCCCCGCGCCUGGCGCUACGGGCGGCCUGGAGCAGAGUGAUCGAAGAGGUUCCUGGCAGCACCUUCUUGGAGGAGAGCCAGGAUGCUGAGCUUCCAGCAGACUUCGGUGGCAUGUGGGGGAGCAGGUCUCCCAGCUCUGCGCAUCUCCUUUCCUUGAUGUGGUCUGUGUCCGUGUGACAGGUACAGCCAACACAGGGAGAGGAUCCAGGGAAGGCUGCUUGUUCCUGACUCCAGCUCACAAUCUCUCUCUUCCCUACAGAACCGAUCUUUGGGAAGGCAGAGCCUCCCUGGCAUUGUUGGGACCCUGCCUUGAAGAGCCCCCUGUCCUGUAGACACAUCCUUGUAGUCUGUCUGCUUGGUUAAUGACUGGGGCUGUCUGACCCAUCCUCUUCUGUGCCUUAUCUGAGGUCCUUGUCCAUCCCUGAGAUCAGGCAGCUUCUCUCUCUGGGUUGGGUCACUAUAAGCGGGAAACUGAAGCCGUUACUCUCCAAGCCUUGUUUCAUCUUCCCAAGCAUGUCGGAAACCUGGCAGCAGCCGCCACAGACACAGCCGCAGCAGCCGCAGCCACCGCAGCCUCAGCACCAUGCAGAACCACCACCUGCCCUCACAGAGCACACGCUGCCCCCGGGAACGGCUGAGAACCCCCUAGGCUGUGCUGUCUAUGGCAUCCUCCUACAGCCAGACCCAGGCCUGCAGCCCCCACAGCAUGCACCCCUCCAGGCAGCUGGCGAGCAGGCCCCCAAGUGCGGGGUGUGUGGUCAUGACCUGGCACACCUGUCCAGCCCACAUGAGCACCAGUGCCUGGCAGGCCAUGACCGCUCGUUCCAGUGCACCCAGUGUCUCAAGAUCUUCCACCAGGCCACGGACCUGCUGGAGCACCAGUGUGUGCAGGCUGAGCAGAAGCCUUUCGUCUGUGGUGUCUGCAAGAUGGGCUUCUCUCUGCUUACUUCCCUGGCACAGCACCACAGUGCCCAUACUGGCCUUGUGAAGUGCUCCAUCUGUGAGAAGACCUACAAGCCAGCGGAGGCCACUGAGCCAGCCACCACUACGGGCCCUUCACUUCCCCCUGCACCCCCACCUCCUGCUGUGGCCCCUACAGAGCAGCCUGAAAAGCCCUACAGCUGCCCCAUCUGCCAGAAGCCCUUCAAGCACCUGUCAGAGCUCUCUCGCCAUGAGCGGAUCCACACCGGUGAGAAGCCCUACAAGUGCACGCUGUGUGACAAGAGCUUCAGCCAGUCGUCCCACUUGGUGCACCACAAGCGCACGCACAGCUCGGAGCGGCCCUAUAAGUGUGCCGUGUGUGAGAAGACCUUCAAGCACCGCUCUCACCUGGUGCGCCACAUGUACGCUCACUCGGGCGAGCACCACCUCUUCCGCUGCAACGUGUGUGAGCUGCACUUCAAAGAGUCAUCAGAACUGCUGCAGCACCCGUGCACCCCGAGUAGCGAGCGGCCCUUCCGCUGCGGUGAGUGCCAGAAGGCCUUCAAGCGGCCGUCGGACCUGCGGCAGCAUGAGCGAACGCACAGUGCCGAGCGGCCCUUCAAGUGCGACCUGUGCCCCAUGGGCUUCAAGCAGCAGUACGCGCUCAUGCGGCAUCGGCGCACACACAAGACUGAAGAGCCCUUUAAGUGUGGCCUGUGCGAGAAGGGCUUUGGUCAGCCUAGCCACCUUCUGUACCACCAACAUGUGCAUACCCUUGAGACUCUCUUCAAGUGCCCCGUGUGCCAGAAGGGCUUUGACCAGUCGGCUGAGCUGCUGCGGCACAAGUGCUUGCCGGGCUCCACUGAGCGGCCCUUCAAAUGCCCUGUAUGCAACAAGGCCUACAAGCGGGCAUCAGCCCUGCAAAAGCACCAGUUGGUGCACUGCUCAGCAGCCGAGAAGCCCCUGCGUUGCACGCUGUGUGAUCGCCGCUUCUUUUCCUCCUCAGAGUUUGUGCAGCACCGCUGCGACCCUGCACGUGAGAAGCCCCUUAAGUGCCCAGACUGUGAGAAGCGCUUCAAGUAUGCUUCAGACCUGCAGCGCCACCGUCGGGUACACACUGGCGAGAAGCCCUACAAGUGCCCCAACUGUGACAAAGCCUUCAAGCAGCGUGAGCAUCUCAACAAGCACCAGGGUGUGCACGCCCGCGAGCAGCAGUUCAAGUGUGUGUGGUGUGGUGAGCGUUUCCUGGAUGUGGCCUUGCUGCAGGAGCACAGCGCCCAACACAGUGCUGCAGCUGCAGCUGCUGAGGGUGCCUACCAGGUGGCUGCCUGCUUGCCCUGACACCUGUGGCCCACUGGGCCCAGUCCAACCUCACCUCCUUAUGGCUUCCUUACAGCUGCAUCAUACCAAGGCCCCCACCCAGCUCAGUGUUCUGAGUCCCUGAGCGUGAGGACAAAAGGGUACUGGGCAGGUUGAAGGUGUGCAGUGCCAAGCACUCCUGGCACCAGCCUGUCAGUGGGGAGAGCCAGAUACUGGUUCCUUAAACUUUUCCCACCACAGGAAUCCUUCCAGAGAGCUGUCAGCCUCCCUCAUGUCUGGGGACUGGAAUCCCACUGGCAGUCAAAUGGCUCCAACCUUCUCAAAUCUUCCAGCCUAGUUAGAAAUCAGAUGGGGGGUGGGGGCUGGUUAUGGUAGGGCCUAGACCCCAGAGGUAGCCUGGGGGUAGGGCAUCCCUGUCAAGUUGGUGUUUAAGGAGGAAGGCCAGUUUUGUGAUGUAAUCCUGGGGAUGAGGAGGGCAGAUGGGGAGCCACAGCCUCUGCUCCAGCCAAAGGUGAUGUGUCCCCCCAGGUUUCUGACAGUCAAGAUGUUCAAGACAGGAGUCUGGGAAGGGUCUGCCUGGAGACCAGUGAACCUAGCCAGGAGCUGGGAAGCAGAGACAUUCCUAUGAUACCUUCGAGCAGGGACAGUGGUAUCCAGGGGGAAGGAGGAUGAGCAGCCUAUUUGUGCUGAGGGUUUAUUCCAUAGCUUUGGAAGCACACUUUGCAGUGUGGCUCUGAGUUCUGGUAGGGGGCUGCAGAUGUGAAAGGAGGGAACAGAGAGACCUCCAGGGUUCAGAGGAAGUAGGCCAAGCCCAUGAUGUCCCCAGCAGAUGCACAAGUGUCCUCCCCACAAAUUGUGUGAACCAAAGUGUCUGGGGCUCAGGGGUGUGGUCCCAGUCAGCUAGCACCAGUCCUGCCUCAAGUCCCAGACCAGGCCCAGGUGCCAAGGUGGUAAAUGGCCUCUGACCCCACAGUGCCGAUCCAGUCCGUGGGAAUACCACCCCUCCCAUCAGUCUGGCUGCUGGCCCAGACCCUAGGGAUCUUAUGCUCUGGACAACAUCCAGCUACUUCCAAGCCCAGAGUUCUCCUUUGGGGCUUCCUAGAGCCCGCUAGGUCUCUUGAGGCAGAUGGUGUCCAGGGCAUGGGGAAGAGGAGGAACAAGUAGGUUAAGGGAUCCAGUAGGCAGUGUGCCCGUCAGGUGGGUAGAAUCAACCAAGAUCGCUGGUGGCUAGGGCCACCCUUUAUUGUAAAAAUUACCAUUUUGAGCCCAGCUCCACCUGUUCCUGGUCUUAAAGAAGACUGAUCGGUACACAUGCCAAGGGCUGGAGGGGCAGGAAGACACAGCCUCACCUCUGACCUUUCGGAAUCUGCACAGCCACGUCCACCGUGUCUAUUUGACGGGGUUCCCUUCUGUGCUGCAGAGAGGGGUGGGCCUUUCCCCUUGUGCUGGUGCUUGGUCAUAAUGCCUCAAGACUGGAAUCCAGCCCCCGACAGUCCCAACUGCUAAAUUUUUCCUUUCAUUUUGCUUUCUAAAAGCAGAUUGUUAUACUAUUCAUAACAUUGUAGUUUAAUUUCAUGUCAUUUUGGAUCUUAUAUAUAAAUGUGAGAAUUUGAAUUUUUAAAAAGAAUGACUCCAUUCUAGGUAGCCACUUUUGAUGUUAAUAUAUAGUGAGUCCAAUGUAUGCUUUAGAAGUAAAGACAUUGACUGUCACAGACCAAAGCUUUGCUUGUUCUGUUUGUGCUUCCACAGGGGAAUGAUGGGACACAGAGGCAGGCUGGGAUCUGGGACUCAAGGGUGGAUUUGCACCUAAAGUUUUGGACGCUCUGGCUGUGUGGCCUUGACAAUUUGCUUAACCUCCUUGGGACUCAGCUGGCUCAUCUGUUUGGAAAAAAAUAGGUUAACCCUUGUCUUGCUUGGCUGUUGUGAGAUCAUAUGGCGUUAUUGGUGAGGCCCCAGUGGGGAAACUGAAAGUGCUGGCAAUACCAACUGCAGGACACACGGGGCCCUUGAGAGUGGACCUGCCUGCCAUUGACCUUGGGGCUUUAUCACAGCACUUGAGGGAGUUGGGCCGUGAGGGACAAGUGAGGCAGGGAAGGUCAGAGGGCUGGGACUGGUAAUGGUACAAGAAAACUUGCUUAUACCCUCCCUGGAGCAGUGGCCAACCCAGCUAGCCCUGCCCUCCCCAGAGGCUGGCCUGGUCUUGCUUUACCACUGCCCACCCUGUCCCACAGAGACCCCUCUGCCUUCUACCUCAGUGCCUCCAUACUGCUUUCCUCUGUGACCAUCAGGCCCAACUGCAACUCAGUCUCUUUCUAAUCCCUCCACCCAGUCUCUCAUUGGGGAUGGAACCUAGGGCCUUGCCCAUGCUAGUCAAGUACUUGACUACUGAGCUACAUCCCCAGCCCUCUUCCCAUUUCUCAAAAGCAAGGGCAGGGCUGGAGAGAUGGAGAAACGGUUCCCGGGUCUGGGCAUCCGAGAGCCAGUGGAGGGUAGCCAGCAGAAGGACCAAGCCCUGGGUGGGUGGGGUGAGGGUAGAAAGUUAAAAGGAGAAGCUGUGUGCACUGCAGAGAACCCCAAAACUGGGUAAAGAAGGCUUACUAAAAGUCCAGGGACCCCAGAUGUGCCCAGGCCCCGUGCUCCCUCUGCGUGACCCAGGGAGGGCCCUGCUCUUGAAAAGCCAUAUGGUUCCUUCUGCUGGCCUCUACCUCUCAGGAGGGGAUGGCCAGGUCCCUUUGUGUCUUAUACCAGGUUCAAAUCCUGACUUACUUCCUAGCCACAUGACCUUAGGCAAAACCUAUCCACCUAGUAGGCAGGGUGGACCUACAUAUUCCCUGUGUGAGGAACUUUCAGAGGUUCAGGACUUGUCCAAAGUUGUACACAGUGAUGCAAGCGGCCUGGAUUGUGGGGGCUGGCCACAUGAAUCUGGUAUAUACACAUGGGUGGAAGACAGACAGUGGGGCCAGGACAGUCCUGUGCCCUGAACCACACAGGCCUCCAGCUCUGACCACUGGUGCCUGAGACCCUGGCUUCAACCCAACCUUUGCUGGGCAGGAAGCUGGUGACAGUGGCCAGGACUGGUCCCAGCACUGGUUCUGACCCAGGGAGCAGGAAAGCUCUCCCCAGCAGGCAGAGGGGGUGGCCAGCCCCUCUGGCCCACUCUCAGCUGCUUAAGGUAUCAAAACUCGUGUACCACCAUUAGCUCCCUUAAGGGCCAAGCCUCCUGGACACUGUCAUGGAGGACCCUCUCGCCUCUUCUGGCCUGCAUCCUGGCCCCUGAGGCCCUGUUUCUCCUUCCUCUGGAGCAGGCUUCUGCCCAGACCAUGGUCUGCUCAGGCCGUAGAAACUCACCCAAGGCCUCCCAGCCACACUUUCCCAGGACAAGCUCCACAACCCAUCCAAAAGCGAGUGGUUUCUUUGUUCUUUGAAGGUCACGCCUCCAGGAAGAGCCUUGGCUGCAUUGAUUUUCUCAAAUCUACAAACAUUCCAGCUGAACAGUCUGAAAAGGAGAUGGGGGGUGGGGUGGGAGGCUGUGGGGUCUCUGUCUUCACUGUGUAUGUCUGCAUUCCUGCCUUUGUUCAUCCACAAGCAUUACUGAGCACCUGCUGUUCCUCAGCCCAUGCCACAUGACACAAAGUAAGAACUGCAGAUAAGAGAGUUUUGAGAUUUUCAUGAAUCAAAGGUAGGAUCAAAAUAUGUCAAAACUGCUGAUAUUUAGUAUAAAAUUUUAUGUGCAAAAGUCCUUCCUGAGACUCUCCUUCCAUCCCACCCUUAGCUUGGAUGCUUACCCAAUUCCUGAGCCUGCCCAAGUGCCAACCCCAGGCCCUGGGUUAUCAUGUAUGUUUUGCAUGUUGCUUUGUAAUAAACACCACUAUGAUA